GCGCUGCAGUCGCUGCGAAGCUUUCGUUUCGAGGAAAGCUGUUCAGUCGAAUUCGGCAGCCAUUUGUAUUUUCGAUAUCGCGAAGUUUCUUACAAAUUUAUCGGUUUAUAGUGGUUUUUUAACAAUCAAACUGCAACUAUGGCUUUCACGGGAGACUCAAAAGCUCCCUUGAGGACUGUAAAAAGGGUGCAGUUCGGUAUCCUGAGCCCAGAUGAAAUCAGAAGAAUGUCUGUAACGGAAGGGGGGAUCCGCUAUCCAGAAACUAUGGAGGCAGGACGUCCCAAAUUAGGGGGCUUGAUGGAUCCUCGGCAAGGUGUUAUAGAUCGCCAAUCCAGAUGUCAAACUUGUGCAGGCAACAUGACUGACUGUCCAGGACAUUUUGGUCAUAUAGAACUUGCAAAGCCGGUUUUUCAUAUUGGCUACAUCACAAAAAUCAUCAAGAUACUACGAUGUGUGUGUUUCUACUGCAGUAAAUUGCUCGUGAGCCCGACAAAUCCUAAAAUUCGUGAAAUUGUCAUGAAAUCCAAAGGGCAACCUAGACGACGAUUAGCGUGUGUCUACGACCUGUGCAAAGGUAAAAACAUUUGUGAAGGCGGAGACGAAAUGGACAUAAAAAAGGAUGGCGAUCAGCCUGAUCCCAACAAGAAACAAAGCCACGGUGGUUGUGGACGCUACCAACCGAACAUUCGCCGAAGUGGUUUGGAUUUAACUGCCGAAUGGAAGCACGUAAAUGAGGACUCUCAAGAAAAGAAGAUCCCAUUGACAGCUGAGAGAGUUUGGGAAAUUUUCAAGCACAUAACUGACGAAGAAUGUUUCGUUCUUGGAAUGGACCCAAAAUACGCUCGACCCGAUUGGAUGAUUGCCACAGUUUUGCCGGUUCCUCCACUUCCGGUAAGACCGGCAGUCGUAAUGAAUGGUUCGGCCAGAAAUCAAGACGAUUUGACCCAUAAGCUGGCCGAUAUUAUUAAAAUAAAUGCAGAAUUAGAGAAGAAUGAGACAUCUGGAGCCGCUACUCAUAUUUUAGUGGAGAACGUUAAAAUGUUGCAAUUUCACGUAGCAACUUUGGUUGAUAAUGACAUGCCCGGUUUACCUAGGGCUAUGCAAAAAUCAGGAAAACCACUGAAGUCAAUCAAAGCUCGACUAAAGGGUAAAGAAGGAAGAAUUCGAGGAAACCUUAUGGGAAAACGUGUAGACUUUUCUGCACGUACUGUGAUCACGCCAGAUCCAAAUCUACGUAUUGAUCAAGUAGGAGUACCAAGAAGUAUCGCACAAAAUAUGACAUUUCCUGAAAUUGUUACUCCAUUUAACUUUGAGAAAAUGUUGGAGCUAGUACAAAGGGGUCAUUCUCAAUAUCCGGGAGCUAAAUACAUUAUUCGUGAUAACGGUGAACGGAUAGAUUUAAGAUACCAUCCAAAAUCUUCUGAUCUCCAUCUGCAAUGUGGUUAUAAAGUCGAAAGACAUAUUCGCGAUGGAGACUUGGUUAUUUUCAAUCGUCAGCCAACUCUACAUAAGAUGAGUAUGAUGGCUCAUAGGGUUAAGGUACUACCCUGGUCUACUUUCCGAAUGAAUUUGUCUUGCACGUCACCUUAUAAUGCCGAUUUCGACGGCGACGAAAUGAAUCUCCAUGUAGCUCAAAGUAUGGAAACCCGAGCAGAACUGGAAAAUCUGCAUAUUACUCCACGACAGAUCAUUACUCCUCAGUGUAAUAAACCCGUCAUGGGUAUCGUCCAAGAUACGUUAUGUGCAGUUAGAAAAAUGACUAAGCGGGAUGUUUUCAUCGAGAAAGAACAAAUGAUGAAUCUACUCAUGUUUCUUCCCAUUUGGGAUGGAAGAGUCCCACGACCUGCUAUAUUAAAACCGAAACCCUUAUGGACAGGAAAGCAAUUGUUCUCCCUGAUUAUUCCCGGAAAUGUUAACAUGAUUCGAACACAUUCCACUCAUCCAGAUGAUGAGGAUGAUGGCCCAUUCAAAUGGAUUUCUCCAGGAGACACAAAAGUUAUGGUUGAAAAUGGCGAACUUAUAAUGGGAAUCCUUUGCAAGAAGUCACUAGGAGCUUCAGCCGGAUCUCUGCUACACAUUUGCUUCCUUGAAUUGGGACACGAAGUUUGUGGAAGAUUCUAUGGAAACAUCCAAACCGUAAUUAACAACUGGCUGUUACUGGAGGGUCACAGUAUUGGUAUCGGUGAUACAAUUGCUGAUCCAAUGACAUAUUUGGAAAUUCAAAAGGCAAUUAAGAAAGCCAAAGAAGACGUAAUAGAGGUAAUUCAGAAAGCUCACAAUAUGGAACUGGAACCCACCCCUGGUAAUACACUUCGUCAGACCUUCGAGAACCAAGUAAACAGAAUUCUAAAUGAUGCUCGUGAUAAAACUGGUGGAUCUGCCAAAAAAUCACUUACAGAAUACAACAAUCUAAAGGCUAUGGUCGUUUCGGGUUCCAAGGGAUCUAAUAUUAAUAUAUCACAGGUUAUUGCUUGUGUAGGACAGCAGAACGUAGAAGGAAAACGUAUUCCAUUUGGCUUCAGGAAGAGAAGUCUGCCGCAUUUCAUUAAAGACGAUUAUGGACCUGAAUCGAAAGGGUUCGUAGAGAAUUCAUAUCUUGCCGGAUUAACUCCUUCCGAGUUCUAUUUUCACGCCAUGGGAGGUCGUGAAGGUUUGAUUGAUACAGCUGUAAAGACCGCCGAGACAGGUUAUAUUCAACGUCGUCUGAUAAAGGCUAUGGAGUCUGUAAUGGUAAACUACGAUGGAACAGUACGUAAUUCUGUAGGACAGUUGAUUCAGUUGCGAUACGGUGAAGAUGGGCUUUGUGGGGAAAUGGUAGAAUUUCAAUCUCUUCCUACUAUCAAACUUAGUACAGAAUCUUUCGAAAAACGAUACAAAUUUGAUCCAUCAAAUGAAAGGUACCUUAGAAAAGUUUUUAACGAGGACACCCUUAAAGAUAUUAUGAGUUCCGGAGAAGUUAUUGCUGAACUAGAAAAAGAAUGGGAACAGCUUCAAAAGGACAGAGAAGCUUUACGGCAAAUAUUUCCUAGUGGUGAUUCUAGUGUUGUAUUACCGUGCAAUUUACAGCGAAUGAUUUGGAAUGUCCAGAAGAUUUUCCAUAUUAAUAAAAAAUCUACCACUGACUUAUCGCCUCUUCAGGUGAUUCAAGGAGUAAGGAAGCUGCUUAAAAGAUGCAUUAUAGUGGUAGGAGAAGACAGGAUCUCCAUUCAGGCCAACGAGAAUGCUACCCUGCUAUUCCAGUGCUUGGUUCGAUCGACGCUUUGUUCGAAAUUGGUAUCUGAACAAUAUAGACUUACAACUGAAGCCUUUGAGUGGUUACUUGGAGAAAUUGAAACACGUUUUCAACAAGCUCAGGCAAAUCCCGGAGAGAUGGUUGGCGCUCUAGCCGCUCAGUCUCUUGGCGAACCAGCCACUCAGAUGACACUGAACACUUUCCAUUUUGCUGGUGUAUCAUCAAAGAACGUAACUCUGGGUGUACCACGUUUGAAAGAAAUUAUUAACGUUUCCAAGCGGCCAAAAGCUCCUUCACUUACUGUAUUUUUAACGGGAGCAGCGGCAAGAGAUGCGGAAAAAGCAAAGAAUGUUUUAUGCCGGCUUGAACACACAACACUGCGAAAAGUUACAGCCAAUACCGCAAUUUAUUAUGAUCCUGAUCCUCAAAACACUGUGAUUUCCGAAGAUCAAGACUUCGUUAAUGUGUACUAUGAAAUGCCCGAUUUUGACCCUACCAGGAUAUCGCCUUGGUUGUUGCGUAUUGAACUGGAUAGAAAGCGAAUGGUUGAUAAGAAAUUGACCAUGGAACAAAUAGCAGAGAAAAUUAAUGCUGGUUUUGGUGACGAUCUUAAUUGCAUAUUUAAUGAUGACAAUGCAGACAAAUUGGUUUUACGAAUUCGGAUUAUGAAUGGAGACGAUGGGAAAUUCGGAGAAGGAGACGAAGAUGUCGACAAAAUGGACGACGACAUGUUUCUUCGAUGUAUUGAAGCCAACAUGCUGAGUGACAUGACUUUGCAAGGUAUCGAGGCAAUCAGCAAAGUGUAUAUGCAUUUGCCGCAAACUGACUCCAAAAAACGAAUUGUUAUCACCGAUACGGGCGAAUUCAAAGCCAUAGCUGAGUGGCUGUUGGAAACGGAUGGUACAAGCAUGAUGCGCGUACUUUCCGAACGAGAUGUAGACGCAGUUAGGACGGCAUCAAACGACAUUUGUGAAAUAUUUUCGGUUCUAGGUAUUGAAGCUGUUCGAAAAUCAGUAGAAAAGGAAAUGAAUGCGGUGCUUCAAUUUUAUGGUCUUUACGUAAACUAUCGUCAUUUGGCUUUGCUUUGUGAUGUAAUGACGGCGAAAGGUCACUUGAUGGCUAUCACACGUCAUGGUAUUAACAGACAAGAUACCGGGGCACUUAUGAGAUGUUCAUUUGAAGAAACUGUGGAUGUUUUAAUUGAUGCUGCGGCUCACGCCGAAGUGGAUCCUAUGAGAGGCGUAUCUGAAAACAUUAUUAUGGGACAAUUACCACGAAUGGGAACUGGUUGCUUUGAUUUACUACUGGAUGCUGAUAAAUGUAAAAUGGGCAUGCCUAUCCCUCAAGCACAAGGAAGUGAAGCUACCGCAGGAAUGUUCUUUGGAGCAGCAGCUACUCCAAGUAUGAGUCCUGGGGGAGCUAUGACGCCCUGGAAUCAAGGAGCAACUCCUUUCAUUGGAAAUGCUAGUGCAUGGUCUCCGCAUAAUCUCAUGGGCAGCGGAAUGACGCCCGGGGGACCAGCUUUUUCACCAUCUGCUGCUUCAGAUGCAUCAGGCAUGUCUCCGGGGUAUGGGUCGUGGUCACCUACUCCACACUCACCGGCCAUGUCAACGUUUGGGCAAUCUCCGGGUUAUUGCCCGUCUAGUCCAGCUUUCAAUCCAUCGUCACCGUCUAUGACGCCUACGUCGCCUGUUUACUCCCCCACGUCACCAGGUUUCGCUGGCUAUGCUCCUACCAGUCCUGGGGGAUAUGGACCUAGCAGUCCUGGGUAUUCACCAACUAGUCCUCAUUAUUCCCCAACAUCUCCAGCUUAUUCGCCAGCCAGUCCACGGUAUUCACCAACGAGUCCUGGGUAUUCGCCAACGAGUCCAAGUUAUUCGCCUACUUCUCCAUCUUACAGUCCAACGUCUCCAAGUUACUCGCCAACGUCACCGUCUUAUAGUCCGACUUCUCCGAGUUACUCGCCGACUAGUCCUAGUUAUUCUCCGACUAGUCCAACUUACUCUCCAACGAGUCCGGGUUAUUCUCCUACUAGUCCCAGUUAUUCGCCUACUUCUCCAUCCUACAGUCCAACGUCACCAAGUUAUUCCCCAACUUCUCCCGCAUACAGUCCGGCUUCACCAGGCGGCUAUUCUCCAGCUUCUUCCUAUAGUCCAACGUCACCGAACUAUUCCCCAACUUCUCCUAGCUAUUCACCUACGUCCCCAAGUUAUGUUCCGUCUUCUCCAAGAUAUACUCCAACAUCUCCAUCCACAUUCUCGCCAACUUCUCCGAGAUAUUCGCCUUCUUCUCCACAAUAUUCACCUACGUCUCCUUCCUAUUCGCCAGCAAGUCCCACGUACUCGCCUGCGUCUCCAAAUUACUCGCCCACAUCUCCGAGUUACUCGCCGUCGUCACCUCAAUAUUCUCCAGCAUCCCCAAGUUAUUCGCCGACAAGCCCGAGCUAUUCACCCAGCAGUCCUCAGCAUACACCGGGAAGCUCAAAAUAUUCUCCUUCAUCUCUAAAUUAUUCUCCGACGUCUCCCCAAUAUUCUCCUCAGAGUACGAAGUAUUCGCCCACUUCUCCGACUUAUACACCCACUAGUCCGAGGGGGGGUUCACCAUCGUGAAUUUUUUUUGUUAUUUAUAUUAUACCUAUUGCGCCAAAAAAAAAAAAAAUUUCAGCAAUAUAUUAGAAUUGGAUAUUAUUAAACUGCUAAUCAACACAAACUUGUGCUUGAACGCGCAUUGGGCCAAAGAGCAUAUAUUUACCUAUAUUACCUAUUUGAUUGAGCAUAAACUAAUAUAGAGAUGAUGUAUUUAUGUGAAUUUGAGAAUGAUCGAAUUUACCUAUGGAGCUGAUUGCAUAUAUCAUGCAUUGCAUGAAGGUGAAGGCUGUGCGUAAGAAACGAAAAGUUAAUUCCAUUUAAACCGUUUACUUUUUUUAGUUAUGUCACUAUCCUAUUUUAAAGAAUAAUGACUUGAAACGUAAAGGACUUCAUAUAUUUUAGGCUAGCCGUAGAAUAAUAGUUUCAAAUAUCCACUAAGAGUUUAUUUGUUUUUAAAGUAGUUUAGUUUUAAGUGAGCAACUUUUUCCUGAGGAUUAGCUUAUCUUCCUGUUUAUAAAGAUACAUUGGUAGCUUACUUCUAUCACAACUUUAAAUAAACAUGUUAUAACAAA